AUGGCUUCGCUGGCAGCCAUGGCUUUGGCGAUCCCGGUUUUGUUAACGGGGGAGCACCUGGCCUUGCGCGGGGCGGGGCGUUCGGCUUCCCACACUUUGGGGGAGGAAAUUUCAAUGGAUUUAACGCAGGAGGCUCUUUCAGGCGGCUUGAGUGGCCGGCCCUUCUCGCUGUCGACCGGCGGCUUCAACCCCGCCGUCGUGUCCCAGCCAACGCGUGUCAUUGUGCAGACAGUGCCGGUGGUGGUCGACAUUGUGAACCGCACCCACGGAUCCUUGAUUCCGCACUCCCAGCAGUCGACUGCCUUCGCGGCGCCCCCUCUAGAAGCAAGGACCAACUUCGGAGAAGGGUUUUUCAGUCCCGGAUUUAGGGGCUUUCAGCAGCAGGUCAAUAACGUCGACCCUUUCGCAUUCCCUCCCUUCUUCGACUCCCAGCUGGAGGGAGCAGCUGGGCAAGGAAACCCAGAGAACUCUAGCCCCGGCGCAGGAGCAGACACGUCUCAAGGAAGUUCCUCAAACUCUAUGGCGGAUCUGAUCGGUAUGCCAGUAAGUGUGGUCGCUACAGUGAACCGCAAAGGAGCUGCCCUUGUGGACGGAAUCUCUGAACAAAAUGCUGUUCUGAGUAUUGGCCCUCAAGACCAGGCAGAUCAGUCACCACAAGAGCCUCAGUUGCCAGCAGAGAAUGCAGCCGCUGCCCUCGUCCCUUCAGCUGAGGUUCUGGGUGAGGCGAGUGUCGACACCUCGGAUACACUCUCUGCGUCGACGGCCACAGCCUCACUGGAUCAACCAACCGAAUCGAUCUCACUGGGCCAGUCAGUCUCUGUCGCUUUAGCGGCACAAGAGUCUAGUGUCAAUCCCAUAAGUGGCGAUGUCCCUCAAGACCAGCCAGACACCCUAGCCUCUGCAAGUGGAAGUGGAAAGGCCCUGGACGCUGCUGAGGGCUCAGAUCUCAACACGAUGAAUGAAAGCGCAAUUGAGGAAAACCUGCCGAUCCCUGCUGCUCUGUCUACUUUUGCCGCCUUGGGAACCCCACCCAUCUUCAGGGGGGAAACUAACAAAAACCUUCAGCAGUUAAUGAAGACGCUGACAAGUAAAGGUGCCGCUACAGGAUCCCCGUCAGCAGAUUCUGGGACAAUAACCCCCCAGGUACAUCCAGAUAACUCCCACCUUGCAGCUUCUUCGGGGAAUAUAGGGCAAGUUUCAGGUCAAGUUCUGACAGAACAAACUUUUCCUGCUGUGACAGAACUUACAGUUAUACCAAUGGGUAUGAUGGCCACUUCAGGUCACGCAGGCGGUGCUGGUGUAGACAAUAUUGCUUCAGCAGUGCCAUCACCUAGCAUUAUUCAGGCAGAAGUUAGAUCUCUCAGUAUAAACAACCCAACUUCUUCAUUGUCAGUAAGUGUGCCAGAAAAGAUGAGCGUCACCCAAAUGCUGGCACAACAAGUCAAGCAGGCCAUGUCAGGGUUGGAUACAUCGCUUCAGGUACUGCCUUUUGCUUCAGGUGGCCUCUCAGGUCCUGCAGUGGGAGAAGCAUCCGUGGCGGAUCCUUCAGCUCCAAUAGUCAUCAGCAGAAUUGGGGUUAUCGAUGCCCAGGACACAUUGCUGAGUUCAGUUGGUGAGCAAAUGCAAACUUCGACUAACGCUGGAGAAUCUCUGAGCCACAAUGCAGGACUCACACACCUUAAUGUAGCCCCUGGAGGAUCCACUGAUGCCUCUGUGCAAGGUCUCCUCGGUAAUGGUGACACUGCUGCCAUAGGGGUAUUGGGGUCUGCCGCAGUUGACUUGGCAAUGGCGCAUGGAGAGCCCUCUGUUACAGUACAAGUUCAGGGGGCAUCCACUUCGACUGAUGCCCAGGCUCCUCACUCUCCAACCAGUGCCACAGUCAGCCAAACUACUAGUGAUGUGACAUCGCAGGUGGCUUCUAAUCUGGAGGCACUGGCUCGCCCUGGCCUCGCAAUUGCUCAUGGGCAACCUGUGCUUACAGGAGUCAGUGUAAAUACAAUAGGGAACCAAGGCAUAGCACAGGGACAGGACUUUCCUGUCACAGGCACCUCAGCUGGCCUGUCUCUAGGAAAUCAAGGCAGUUCAGAAAAAACUUCUGGCCUGGAAUUGUCAGCCAGCACUGCAGAUACUGUGACAGGAGCAAAUCAGUCACCUGUUCCAGUUAGCAAAAUAGCACAAGACAUGAAGAGACUUCAUGGAUUGCCUGCUUUGGACAUAACUGGUGUUGUUUCCUCAGCAGCCACUUCAAAUGUUACUGCAUCAGGUUUAUCAAAUCUUGUUGUCAGUCUAGGUUCUGCCAGUAAGCAAAUCGGUGAGGAGACAGGUCCAGUGGCCACUUCAAGAAUUGGAUUAGCUCCUGUUGUAGCUUCCUUUGCUACAGGAGAAGCCAUCAACACUUCACCCGCCACUGCCACGCUGGCAGCACCCUUGGUACUGAAUAAUGGACCCCAUUCCUUCCCAAAAGACAUGCAUAUUAACAAAGGUGCGGUAAUUCCCAACCCCACAACACCUACUCCUGUCACCACCACACAAAAGGCUCCAUCAUCUCCCUCCUCUGCAAUUAAGGUUACUAACUUCAGCACAUGUGGAACCCUUUCCACCACAGCUGCAACCUCCACCAACAAACCACUUGCUGAUGUCACAGAAGCUGCAGUUGGGACCCAGACAACACAUACCAAGUCUGCAUCUGCUUCUUCUCAACUGUUCCCUGACCAAAGCACAUCCCGGCCCAUCCUCCCUGCUGUUUCACCCUCACUUCAAGCAGGAAGUGAACAACAGGCUGCCAAAAUUGCCAUUGGGAAAUCGGUUUUAAGCUCAGCAGUCGGGUCAAGUGCAUCCUUAGGAUCUAGUGGAGCUAAAGGGUUAGAAGAACCCAAAACAACAGGAACACCUGUAACAACUGGAUCUAUUGGAAACACAGCAACAAGUACAUCAACUGGAUCUACAGUUAACAUAGAAACAAGUGUGGCAGAAGGAUCCCUUGGAAACUUAGGGCAGGUUGACACUAAGGAACCUAAUCUGCCAGUGCAGAACACUUUACAAACACAGACAGUGGUGACAGACAUAAAGACACAGGGAAAUACAGUCCAGCAGCAGACACAACAAGAUGUCCAUACAACCGCUUCAGAAAUUGGACGACAAGCAAGCGGGAUUCCUGGUAUCGUGCUGGCUCUCCCCUUAAACUCUCUUUUCUCGCCUUCAGCUUUCCAGGGAGUCUCAGGGAACCCCGGCUCAGCCACGGGCACCUUCCUAGAAAACUUUUCAAUUACCUCUGACCCUAACCAGUUUGUCCAACUGCUCAGAAACUUUCAUUCUGCCCAAUCACCGUCUGAUGGAAGAGGAAACUCAGUAGAUGCAAGCUUUGUCAAGAGUCUCCCUGCAUCGGUUUUAGCAACCUCUCACGGUCAAACAGUUUUAAAGGCCAAUACUCAGACUACAUCAUCCCUUGCUACAGCAGCUCCUGUAACACCAGUCUCUUUUUCAUCAGCCCCUGUAACACCAGACCCUGUUUCAUCAGCUCCUGUAACACCAGUCUCUUUUUCAUCAGCCCCUGUAACACCAGUCCCUGUUUUAUCAGCCCCUGUAACACAAAUUCCUAAUACAUCAUCCGCCCCACAACCCCCCCUUCCUUCUGUGAGCACAAGCAGACCCCGAGUGGUGUCUGUUAUAUCCCCUUCAGGAUCAAUCACAUUUAUGUCUGAAGAACAGGCCAGACUAACCACUUCUCUGGGUUUUGGCGUGCCCCUCCAAGCUGCAGCAGGAAAUGCAUCUACAGUCACUGGGCUGAAAAGUAUACAGGAACCUCCACUCACAACGCAAGGAAACACAUUGAAGAGAGAAUUGCCUUCAACAUCUGUGGCACCAGCAACACUAAGUCACAAGGAGUUACUUCCUAGAUCUAAAAGUUGUCUUGAGAGUGUGCAACAAAAUAAGAUCUGGCAAAAGCACAGUAUCUCUGUGGCUCUACAAAUGGCCCUAGUUGUCAGAAAACAUGUAGACAACAGUCCUCAGUCUCAUAAACUUACAGGAAAUGCAUCUAAUAACAUUUCCUUUCCAAUCACCUGCAUCCACUUCUGUAAGGUUCAGUUCAACAAGAACAAAAACAACCACUGCAUAACAAGCAGUCUUUCUGACAUCCAAUGCUCUGCAUCAGAAUUUAUCUGGUACCACUGGAACCAAAAUAAGCAUGUGACUGGCUAUGACUCUAGAUUGUAA